AUGUCUCAGACACCAGGCCCAUCCACAAGACUCCGGUCCUCAAGACAAAACACCCCACUGCCGGUCACAGCACCACCAGGCACCAAGCAGAAGCCGACGGCACUCCCAGCAGCAUCGGUAGGCAUCAGCUCCGGCUACGGUGCACCUGGCAAACCAGUCAUCAGGACACAAAUCGCCACUGAGACCACAAAUCUGACAACGCUACUGCAGAAUGCUCGCGAACCACCUCCAGCCAUUGAAGAAGAACAAGCAGAUGCGGACGCCAUCGGAGUGGCUGCUCAAGCUAGCAAGACCACAUCUCGCCGUGCCCCUGGCCGCCCCAGCACAGCUACUCGUCGUCAGCGAGCUACAGGCAGUCUGCUCAAUGGAGAUGCCGACCUGCUCCCCCAACCACGUCGUGUACCCUCGCGCCUUGCUGAAGUCCCUCCAGCUGAUAUGUCAAUGAAUGGCGACGGGGAUGGCACAGCCCUGCGCAACGCGACCUUCAUCGACCACAAUGCUGGCUACGGUGGCCGUGGUGGCGUCCCCGACUACGAGCCCGGUAAUAUCGCACUUGCGGCGCAUACACUGCCUCGAUACAUCCCUCAGGUUCUCCGAGACUUUAACAAAGAUCUCUGGUCUUUCCUGAAGGCCGUCGGCGCUAUCUGUCUCAUCGUCAUCUCUACUCUUCUGGCCUUGGCUUCCAUCUUCAGUGUCUGCUACGGUCUCGCCUUCACUGUCGGCGCCGUCUACAAAGGCUCUUCGAUCGGCAGUCAUCUUGCUGCCUGGACUGGACGUUCAGCAACUCCACCACUCACUGAGAUGGAGAGGAUGUGGAUCGAAUUCCGCUCGGCUCACGACCAGAGAGAACUUCUUCGAGACCAGGAUCUCAACAAGACCAGAGUCGACUUCCUGCAGUCCGUCGCCAUCCGCAUGCUCGAAGGCCGCAUGAGCGAGUGGGACAGGAUCCAUACCCUCAACGAGAAGACGAUGAAGCGCCUCGAGAGAAUGCUACCGUCAGACAUGGCAGCUGAGAUGGUCGAUGGCCACCUUGUCAUUCCAGACCGCUUCUGGCAGGCUCUGCAAGACAAACUCACCAACAACGGUUCGGCUCUGUGGCGUGCAUUCUUGGAUUCGAAUUGGGAUGGCGUGCAGGAGGUGACUGAUAAGCGUGUGGCCAACUCGCUAGCAAAUCUCAAGAACCAGAAGCAAAUCGUCUCCCCAGCAGACUUUGCAGAAGCUGUCGGCAAGAACUACGCCUACAUGGAGAGCCAUUUCAAAGAAGAGAUGCGCACAGCCGAACGCACCAUGGUCGCCGACUUUCGCCGCGUCGCCUCCGAAUCAGCCAGUGACGCCGUAGCCACCAAGAUGACCGACCUCUUCUCCAGCAGCCAGCUCGAACUCCUCGCCAAAGCAAAUCAAGUCCGCAACACCUACGAAGCCCUCCGCCAAGUCAACUUCUUCUCACCCGGUCAUGGCGCCCGAGCAGUCCCCGUCAACACCUCCCCAACAUACACCAAAGGCAAGAACAGCUGGCAGAAGUGGUUCUACCCGGCUCACCCACCGAUCGCCGCCUUACAACGCUGGGAGGAAGCUACAGACUGCUGGUGCGCCACCCCCUCGACCGACAUGGGCAACGCUCAACUCACAGUCAAAAUGGGCCACACCAUCUUCCCCGACAAACUCAUCAUCGAACACAUCCCCAGCCAAGGCACCCUCAACAUCAGCACCGCGCCCCGCGAACUCGAAAUCUGGAUCGAGAAACCCGUCAACAGCCCCAACACCGCCGAGCAAAUGCGCGAGACGAUGCGCGAGCAGGGUAUCUCGAGCGAUUAUUGCGGUACUCCACCUAGCAACAAUCAUGUUUGUAUUGGGGCGGGAAAGUACGAUAUCCAUACGCAGAAUACCGUGCAGAGUAUCCCCAUGUUCGUGGACACGAGUCUGUUGGGUUUGGCGGCGAAGACGAUGACGAUCAGGGUGUCGAAGAAUUGGGGUGGAGAGGCGACUUGUCUUUAUCGGUUGCGAAUGACGGGUGCGAGGGUUGAGCCUACGAGUUGA